GCUGAAGCUCCCUGCUUGCCCACCUGCAGAGGCAGCCCUGAGAUGGCGGGUUUGCCCUCCAGUCUCACUCCACUCCCUUCACUGGGCUCCUGUCCUCUUUGCAGUCAGUGGCUAGAGAAAUAGAUGUGAACAGAAGCCAAAAAGGGAACAAAAGCAGUUUCCCUCCCCUCCCCAGUUCCCCAGCCAGAACCACAUCCUCCUCCCCACUUAACACCCCCUUCCACCAACACAGGGCUUUCCCUUUGCUGAGUCACCGAAUGAUCUGAGUUGGGGGCAGCUCCAGCUGAGGGACAUGAGGAGGCUGUGGGAGGAUGGGGGACAGAAGCAGAAUGGACAGAGAAAGAGCCUUGUGGGGGAGUGGAAUUUCGGUUGCUAAAAUUAGGAGCCGGGGAAGGAGGAGGAAAGAGCCAAAUGAUGUAACCUGGGUUGUCUGUUCUUGGGCAACCAGGGAUCCACACCCAAGGCUCUCUUUCCCUCCAGCUUCUCAGUCCUGUCUAUCUCCCUCCAGGGUCCCAGUCCUUGUCUCCCUCCAUCCCAAACCUGGACUUCAUCUCUAGGCAGCCCAGGCUUAGCCUUCCAGAAAAACAUCUCCUUUAACUGAGGUUGAGGAAAAGGUCCUGAGGGGUGGUGGGAGAGGGACUGGCACCAUCCUUCCCACUAUUCAUACUCAAUUCACUUCAGCUCCCAGAACUAGGAGAGGAAGUGGUGGACGGUACCAAACCCUGCUGCCAUCCCCCAGGACACAACAGGAACUCUGCAAAAAGAAAAGGCAGGACUGAAAGGUCACAGGCAUGCACCGGUGUAUAGUCUGCACGUAUCUCUAUCAGACAGCUUAUGAAUCAGAAACUUAUCUUUCAGGUUUGGAGCCCCGGUCUACAUAGGAGAAAACCAGGAGUGAAAAAGGAGGGCAGUGGAGGACAGGGAGGGGAACCUCUGGAAGCAGGGGAACAUGGGGGUAGGCAUGAGACCCUCAGAGAAGACAGAGCCAAGAGGCCCAAGUCCUCUGAGGAACCAGGCAGAUGUUCAGGGGCAGGAGGAGGAAGGGCUGGUGAGAAAGAUCCUGUGAGAGGAAGCUGCUGUGAUUCAGAGAAGAGACUGUGAGCCACGAGCAACCCAGGCGUCCGGUUCCUCUCACAGGCCGGAGAUUUCGGAAGUGGCAUGCAAAGAGCCCAGGUUUGGAGCUGGGGGGAGUUGGGGUUAGGAUCCCUGUGCAGGGGGUUGAGAGGUAAGCAAUAGAAAACUUUGGUAUCCAAAUUUGCUCCUUCACCCAGGGUAUUUUCUCUAGUUUUUAAGCACAUUGUUUUCCUCUCUGCAAAAGUUAUAUAAAACCAAAGCAAAAUAAACCCCUAUACUCCCAGAUCUCCCUCUUUUCAACAUCCCUCCCUGGUGUCUGGCCCCCAAGCCCUGUUGGGGGUUCCCCUGAGAUGAGGGCUGUUCACUUUCUCUGACCACACGGUUUCCGCUUCUGUGUCUCUUGUUUCCUAGGCUGAUAAAAAUACUGAACCCUAGAGGCCCUGGCUUCCUCUGACCCCCCUGGGGCCAAGGCAGCAGGCAUCCUGUCCACCACAGAGGGGGCAGGGCAGGGGGCCCAGGGAUCCCUAAGGGGUGACUCAGUGCCUACCACGAAACACUGGGGAGGUGGAAGUGCAUGUACUGCUCUCUAGAGCUGGAACAAGGACCUGAUUCUCAGUGAAGGGCGAAUCAGGGUUCAGUUAGAGAAAUGGGAUUGGGAGCAGGACUAAUGAGAUUUAAGGAGGUCAGUUGGGGCAUUGGGGUUGGGGUAGAUUUGGGUUAGGAAAAGGAUCUGGGAGGAACUAUUCUGUGCAUUUCAACACAGCAUCGAAUAGCCCAAAGAUAAAUUCAAACUGUUGUAACUUUGCAGUCCAGUAGGGAAGGCAGCCCCAUACCUAACUGGGACUCAAGGCAUGCUGAAAAAUGUUAAAGUAUAGCAGGUAUAGAAAAGGGGGAGGUGAAUUCCAUCUGAAAGCACCCAUGGGUCUCUGAGGAGAGAAAAGGCAUUUGAGCUGGUGUUGAUGCAUGGGUAGAAUUUCAAUAGGUAGAGGUGGAUGGAAGGGCUCCAUAGAUAAAUGAAAUGGCUUGAGGAGAGCUCAGGAGUCAGGAAACAGUGUGUUGAAGAAAGGAUAAGUCCCAAGUUAGAUGAAGCCCAGCUGUGAAUAAGCAUGUGUUGAAGAGAGGACCACAGAAUGCCAAGGUAAGGGGUUUGUCCUUUAUCCCAUGUGCAGUGACCUGGUGACAGCCGUGAAGAAGGAGAAUGGGAAAGUGCUGCAGGAGGACAAACAAGAAGUAAAAAAAACUAUCAUUUGUUGAACACCUAUUAUGUGCUAUGUCAAGCCCCAUUCCUAACAUCAGUAAUCCUGCCAAUAACUGUCCAAAAGGUGGGUGGUGGAUCUCCGUUAUACAGAUGAGGAAACAGAGGCUCAGAAGUGUACUGUAACUGGCUUGCAGCCGCACAGCUAAAAAUAGUGGAAUUAGCAUUAAACUCAUCUUACUCCAAAACUUGUGUACUUUCUGCUUAGGGACCAGUAACUAAAUGGCAUGAAAGGAGGGAACAGAUUUUGUAAACUCUUGAGAGGAUAAGUUAUUAGGACAAGACAACUGCCUGGAUGGUGGAAGUGAGGAAAGAAGAGUCUUAGAUGACUUCCAAGUUUUGAGCCUCAGGGACUGGGAAAAUGACAAUGCCCUAAACUGAGAAGGAGGUGCGUGGCUGAGGGGAAAAGAUAAGUUCAAUUUCAGUCAUUCAAUUGGUAAGUUUUUAGUAAGCACCUGAUAGGAGCAGGAUUCUCUGCUAGACAGUGGGCAUAAAUGAAAUAGUCACUGUCCUCAGAACUUGGAGUUUCAUGAGACAGACAAUUACAUAAGUAGCAACUUCAUGUAAUAAUGGGAGGUGCACCUGCUUAGAGUAAUAAAGUGGUCAACAGCAGCCAUUGAGUUUGAGGUGCUAGCAUAACACUCAGGUAGAGAUCUCCAGCAAGCAAAUCUGGAGCUUCUCGAGAAGCUUGGGCUGGAGAGAGAGAUUUGGUCAUCAUCUCCUUCCUAGUGGAGGUUGAGCCUCUAAGUGGAUAAGGUCUCCGAGAGAGUGACCAGAAGAGUCCUAGGAUGACCAGAGGAGGAUGACAAAGGAGGCUGGGGGAGCAGUCAGGGUAGGGCAAUGGAGUGGUGCGCCAGGCAGAAAGGGCAGUCACAUCUAACGCUUCCAACAGGUCUAGUAGGUGAAGGUUGAAAAGAUCCUUUGGGUUCAGGAACUAGACGAUUACAAAUUUUGAGAAAACAGUUUCCACUUACCAGAGAGACAGAAAUCACUUAACAUAAGUUGAGGAAUGAGUGGGAGGUGAGAAAAAGGAGGUGGUGGUUACAAAGUCAUAGAAUAGUGAAUACAGAAGAUAGAACUAAGAAUCAUCUCUAGUUGAACCCACAAAUUAUACAACUGCGGAAAAUUUUACCAGUUCCCAAAAAAGUGGUAAACAGGGCUAGUCUUGAGACACCACACGGAAAAGGAAGGUGAGAGAUGGAAUGGGCAUAUAAGUGAGAAUGAGAGUCCAGGGAAGGAUUUCCUAUUUUCAGUAAAUAAAAUGAAAUGUAUUUGUAGAAUGAAGGAGAGGCACGUAAAGACAGAUACUGAAAACCUAAGAAAGGGGAAAGAAUGUAGUAAAGGUGGAGGAAGUGGGAUACAGAGUAAUAAGGAACAACCGUGGAUGGGAGAAAGUCCUCUGUGUGAAGUAAAGAGAUACACCUUGGAGGGACUUAGGCGAAGUAAGAUAGGUGGCAGCAUCACCAACUGCGUGUAAAGAGGUAGCAUGGAGGGCAAAAGGAGCUUGGAGAUUUAGAAUAGCACCUGCAGGAAUGCAACAGAAUCAACGCAGAAUGAUUAAGGAACACAGGGCUCUGAAGUAGAUGGCUGAGGUUAGUAGUAGCCCUCCUGUGACAUGGCUAUCCUCCAUUGCUUGGCAGCCUAGAAAAAAGCCCCCCAAAUGAAACCAUGGAGUUUACCAAAAUGAACUUUUUCAAGAUUGUCUUGGUAGAACAUCAGGCUGGUAAGUGAUUCUAAAGUACUAGUGAAAGUGGUUGAAAUUUUUGAGCAUGAGUUAGACAAAAUAGACAAGGAAGACAAGAAAAGAAGGAAUUAAAAGACUUGGUGAGAAUGGAGUAUUGAUUGGAACGGGAGGGAGACAUCAGGAGAUGUAAAAAAUGUGUUGUCAUGAUGAGGGAAAAUUCAGAGUUCAAGAUCUUGAAGGUACAGCCUUUCCAAGUGAUGCUAAGAUUCAAAGUACAACCUUGAUCAUGGGGGGCUGAAGUGGAGCAGAGAAAAAGGCUAUAAAGCUGUUGCAGUUGAGAAGGUUGAAGCACUGAGAGGUUAGAGUAUCAGAUUCAUCUUAUCUGUGUGGUUUUGAAGUCUCUAAAGUUGUUAGUAGAUAAGAUAUGGAGGAAAACUGAGCUAGAUAAACCAGUUAAGAGCAUGAUAGAGAUGGAGAUGGAGAAGACUGCCUGGCAGACAGAAGAGAACGGAAAAUGCAAAAGGCAUGGGCUUCAAGACAAGAGGAGGUUACCAGCGGGAGGUGGGGAGGAGAAUAGUGGCCUCUCCUCUGUGCCCUGGCCCUAGUGAUGGGGAUGGAAGAAAGAGCAGCCUUCACCAAAGAGGGAGGAGACUUAUUAGGGGAAAUCAAGGUUUCAUAGUGACAGAGGAAGAUGCUUUCAAAAAUGGAACAGAGGAUUUAAAUAUGAGGAGUUUCAUAGAAUAGUGUGAAAUGGAUUGGCAGAAGUGUCCUUAUAGGGCAAGGGUCUAAUCCAGGGAUGUCAAAGCCCAGUGAGAGUUCAGAAGAAGGCAUUCUGGAGGGUUUUGCUUCUGGAUUUUAGAAUGGAAGAUGCAUAACAUGAAGGAAAACAUGAAUAUCUUGAAGGGGUCAUAGGCAGAUGCACAAGAUAAGGUAUCUUUUCCAGUUGCAUGGCUUUAAAUGCCAUCUUCUUGCUUGCAACUCUAAUGUCUCUCUAGUAAUGACCUUGCCUCUGAAAUCCACUAUAUAUCCAACUGCCAAGUGACAUCUCCACUUGGAUGUCUGUCCAAUAGAUUUAAAAUUACCAAAUCCUAAAUCAAAUUUUUGGUUCUCAUCCCCAUCAGAAUCCUGCUUCUCUCAAAGUCUCCACAUCUCCCACCACACCCCCAUCCAUCUAAUCCAUCGUCUGUUUCUGUCGAUUCUGCCCCUGAAAUACAUCCCAAAUUUGUCUACUUCUCUCCAUUUUUCAUGGCUGCUACCAUUUUUCCAGGAUUACUGCAGUUGUUUCCUAACUGGUGUCCCUACUUUCAAUCGCACCUCCUGUAAUACAGUCUAAACACAGGAGCCACAGUGAUCUUCUAAAGACAUAAAUCCAAUCACCUGUGCCUCACCCAUCCCUCCUCUCCCUCCCUCUCUCUCUCUCUCCUCACACACUCUCACACACACAUGCAUGUGCAAACACCACCAUCCAACGGCUUCCCAUGGUUGAAUAAAAUCCAGAUGCUUUACCCCUCCUAGCAUGGCCCUGAGCGAUCUGGCCCUUGCCCUCUCUCUAACUCAUCUCCCACCCUUCUCCCACUCUCUCCCCCUACUCCAGCCACAAUGGCCUCCUUUCUGUUCCUCUAUUCCCCUGGCUUGUUUCCAGCCUUUGUAGUAGCUAUUCCCUUUGCUUGGAAUACUUGUCCCUUAACGCGUCACCCAGUCAGUCUUACCAUUUGGUUCUCAGCUUCAAUGCCACUUACUCAGAGAGUACUUUCCUGACCACUGCAUCUAAAGUAGUUCCCUGCCUCUCUUAUCAUAUGCCCUGUCUUAUUUUCUCAUAGCAGCACUUACUGAUUUCUCCUUAAUGGAACGUGCACUCCAUGGGUGCCAUUACCUUGUCUGACUUGUUUGCCACUAUAUCUCUACUGCCUAGAACAGUGCCCUAGCAGGCACACAGUAGGUACUCAGUAUGGAUUUAUUAAAUGGAUGGGUGGGCAAAUAAUGGGGUAAAGCAGAAGGAAGCUAGACUUUAGAUUUGUAGCUCAUACUGGACUUAUGUUUAGAGUCAGGUUUAACUGGAGGGUUAGGAACAGGGAUGAUCACUUUCAAGAUGAGCUCUAGAAACAGGGUUGUGUUAGUUUAGAGAGUAAGUUUUGAGGUUCAUUUAUUGGGAUUUGAGGUUAGGUUGAGUUGGGAUUUGGGUCGAGGUUAAAUUUGGGUGAAGGUCAAAGUUGGUAUUAAAUCCCAAUUUAGAUUUUGAGGCUUAAUUCAGGUUUGAGGCUAAUGUCAUUUCAGCCUCAAUUGGAGGCCUCAGAGAUUUCACUAGUUUCUCCACAGAGACCACUGUGGAGACUGUGUUUCCCUGAGUUUGGAGCAUAAGACUCCAGUCAUCACCCCUCCCACCCAGGGAAAGCCCCAAACCAACUGCUGGCCUCCCCAAGAAAGAAACCAAAUUUCACACAACCUCUGAAACUGAGAUUGAAACCAAGAUUGUCCUUCAGCACAUCACAAAAGCCUGUGACAAGGAGCCUCAGCUUGCCCUUCCUUCGUGCCCUUCCUUCCUCUCUGUCUCUCAUGUCUCCCUGUCACUCCUUCUCAUCUUCCCCUUUUUGUUCCUCAAUGCCCCAGUCUUCCUUUCUGACCCAAAUUUCUCCCUUUAUUUUUGUUUCUCACUGCUAACUGCCACACUGUUUUAUAUAUUAACAUCACUGAAGUCCCUCUGUCCACUAGCUCCUACCAUUAGAGAGUCAGAAAGAGACAACAGAAGGAAAAAGGACCACAGAGAAAGAGGGACACAGGAAAAGAAAGGAGCAGGGACCAAGAGGGAAGCCAGCAGUGGCACAAAGCAGUAGGUCAAAAGAAGGAGAAGCCAAGAUACAGAACAAGGUAUUUAGAAGAGGCUCUGUGGCUUACUCUUCUUUCUCCAUCAUGUCUGGUCAGCCACCAAGACCUGUAGAUUUUGCCUAGAAACUCUCUCCUCCUCUCCAUUCUCCUGCUGUUGCCUUGACCGAAAUGCUGGCUCCUGUCACCUCCUUGCUGGUUUCUUGCACAACUCUCCUAACUGGUCUCACACUUCCAGUUUUCCCUUCAGCCCCCCAGCUGCCACACCUCAUGCAGCUUCCAGACUCAUUUUUUCUAAUAUGCUAAUUUGCAUGUGUCCCUCUCUCACUUAAAAAUUUUGGUGCCUUCCCAUGGUAACUACAAUGAAAUGCAAACUCCUUCUCUUGGUAGUAAACCCUUCAGAAUGUGUUCUCACCAUACCUCCCAAGCCUCAUCUCUGCUCCUUCUAUUUGUACCCAAUUGCACAUCUCAGCACACUUCAUACCCUCUUUUAUCUCCAGUCUUUGCUGUUCCCCAGACCUGGAAUGCUCCUCACCAUUUUCCUUGUCUUGUCCCAUAAUGCCUGAAUCACCUCUUCCCCAGGCCAAGUUUGAUGGCUUUUCUGUGGCUGCCACAGGCCUGCUGUCACAGAACUUAUCACACUUUAUUGUAAUUAUCUGAUAACUUUCCCAUCUCCCACACUGAUUUUUUGUGUCUGUAUCCCCAAAGGGCAAGGGACUGUCUUUCACAUCUGUAGCCGCAGUGUCUUGUACAAAGUGCUCAAUACAAGUCUGUGGACAGAGAGAAAGCUAAAGAGAAUGAGAACGAAAAGAAAUACUUAGAUAAGACUAGUAAGGCAAAGGCAAAGUUGCAGGGCCUCAGGAGGGAGAGGAAAACAGGAGAAAUAGCUCAUGCACAUCCUGAAUGUUAUGUGCUACUUAUGUGCCCCAGGACACCAAGACCACUGAGGAACUUUGUGCCAGAGGAGAGCAGCAGUGCGCCCAGUGCAGCAGAGGUGGGCUUUAGCCUUCAUCACCACCAUCCUCAGCACCAGCCCCUCUAAAGCCCUCCAAUGAAAGCAUAAAAUAUCAUUAAGAGUAAUGAUGAUAUUUGAAGAGGCCAAUUGGUAGUUUCCCAAUCUUAUGAAAUAUGGAUUAAAUCAUCUUGCUUUUUUUACUUACAAACAGUGAAAACUGGCUCGUGUAUAAGAAUGUUUACAUCAGCAUCUUUCAUAUUAGCCAAAAAAGAGAAACAAACCAAAAGUCCAUCAACAGAAGAAUGGGCAAAAUAUGGGUAAAUAAAUUAGAGUAUUUUUCACACAAUAGAAUAUUACAUUGAAAUGAGAAAAAAAAAGCAACGACAGCAAAGAAAAAACUCACUGCUGAUAACCUGCACCCACAUGGAUGAAUCUCACAAGCAUAAUGUUGAGUGAAAGAAGCCAAAUUCAAAUGAGUACAUUCUGUGUGAUUUCACUUACAUGAAGUUCAAAAGUAGGAAGAAUUAAUCUGUACUGAUAGAAAUCCGAGAGUGGUUGGUUAUCUUUGGAGGGUAUCAACUGGUAGGGGGGCACAAGAGAACCUUCUGGGGACCUGAAAAUAUGCUGAACUGGGUGGUGGCUACAUGGCUUAUAGCAGAUGGAGAAAUUCAUCAGUCUGUAAACUUAAGUGAUGUGCCCCUCACUCUACUCAAGUUAAAAGGAGGAAACAACGAUUUAAAAACAGGGUAUUGGCUCUGCAAAUACAGCUUCAAGGCAAGUCCCUUAGUUGUCCCCAUCCCACCCUAAGUCACCACCCUAAAGUUCCUCCUGUGUGGAAUUCUGAAGCCUCUCCUGUAGAGAACUUUGGAAGUUGCCACAUUGCUUGGCUCCAGAGUGUGUAUUUGUGUGGGGUUACAUAAAUCUGAUCUGUGGAGGCCACCUAAGGUUGGGAUGAGGUAGAGGGCAUUCUUCAGGAGGGAGCUAAAGCCUCAUCAUACAUGAGUGCAUGGCAUCAUCCCUUAGUAGGGGACCAUAGCAUUUAUCUUCCAAACCAGGACAUUUCUGAGAACGAAAGGGGGCUUCCAUUAAUAUUUGCACCAGGACAACAGGCAUGGACUGGGAUAUCUCAGGCAAGGCGUAUAUAAAGGAACUGCUUGAUCUAAAACCUGCCAGACGGCCUGGAAAGUACACAUACUGGGACAGGUGUGACUUGAGCGGUCUGGGACAAGGACGAGGGUACAAGAGGAGGAAAUGGGCACAGAGAGAAGCCUGUAAUCAGCCAAGGGUGCAGAGGUGUUAUAUAUAAUCGCUCUUCAGGGAACAGGGCCUCCAGCCCACACCCCAGCUGCUCCCCCUUCUCCUCCCCGAAUUGACUGUCCCUUCUCUGUAACUCCUGAACCUGACCUUGCUUCCCUGGCCCUCCCAGCCCACAGUUCCCCUGACCCCACUCCCUUUCCCAGAAAUCAGUCGACUGAGCCCCCAGCCUGCGGUUCGCUCCUAGGCCUCAGCCUUUCCUGCCUUCGGCUGAAACAGCGGCAUCUUCUAAGCCCUGGGGGCUUCCCCAGGCCCCAGCCCCGGCCUAGAACCCGCCCGCCGCCUGCUACGCUGCCACCACCGCUUCCUCUAUAAAGGGACCCAGGCGUCCGGGCGCAGGGGCUCCGCACAGCAGGUGAGACUCUCCCACCCCAUCUCCUUAGGCUGCGCGGGCGGUGGACUCCUUCCCCAGGCGUUGUGCCCCUCCUCGCGCACCCGCACCCGCCGCUCCUGUGCCUCCUGCCUGGGCCUGGGCCUCGGUUCUCCCCAUGACACCGGCUGGACGGCUCUACCUCCUGAGGGUGUGCAGCGCCCCCCGCCGCCUACUCCUUCUGGGGCUGCUGCUAGCCCUGCUGCCUGAGACUCAGGGGCUCCCUGGUGUUGGCUUUUCACCCUCUGCUGCCCAGACUGCCCAUCUGCACUCCCAGAAGCACUUCACAAAAGGCACCCUCAAACCUGCUGCUCAUCUUGUUGGAGACCCCAGCACCCAGAACUCGCUGCGCUGGAGAGCAAACACAGAUCGUGCCUUCCUCCGCCAUGGCUUCUCUUUGAGCAACAAUUCCCUCCUUGUCCCCACCAGUGGCCUCUACUUUGUCUACUCCCAGGUGGUCUUCUCUGGGGAAGGCUGCUUCUCCAAGGCCACCCCUACCCCUCUCUACCUAGCCCAUGAGGUCCAGCUCUUUUCCUCUCAGUACCCCUUCCAUGUGCCACUCCUCAGCGCUCAGAAAUCUGUGUGCCCAGGGCCACAGGGCCCUUGGGUGUGCUCGGUGUACCAGGGGGCUGUGUUCCUGCUCACCCAGGGAGACCAGCUCUCCACUCACACAGAUGGCACCUCCCACCUACUCCUCAGUCCCAGUAGUGUCUUCUUUGGAGCCUUUGCUCUAUAGAAAAAUCUAGAAGGAAAAAAUAUUGGUUUUAAGGCCUUCUCCCCAUUUUGCCUCCAUUCUGACCCACCCACACCUCUCCUUCCACCACUCCAAUGUUCUUAGCUCUUCCCCACUCUCAUCACCUGGAGCUUCCAAAGAAGGAAUCCUAGGCAUCCCAGGGGACCACACCUCCUUGAACCACCCUGGAAGCUUACCAAAGAUUUCAAGCCUGCCUAGAAAUUCCUGCCCAGAGCUCUUCAUCUGUCCUGCCAGUCUAGGGAGGUCUAGCCCUGGACAUGGAAAGAGAGCAGACACAUGAAGGAGUGGGGUUGGAGGCAGGGAGGGGGUUUAUUUAUGAAGGGAAAAAUUAAAUUAUUUAUUUAUGAAGGAUGGAGGGAAGGGAAUAAUAGACGGACAUCAGAAGAGAGAUAAAAAUGCCUAAGAGACAAAGAGCAAGAGGGCAUGGGCACUAGGAUAAUAGCUAUGGAGAGGGAAAGCAGGUCUGAGGUACCAACGGGCUCCAGGAGGAAGUGAGAGGCUCCUAAGAGCCAACCACAGCUUGACUAGAUACCCCACAGGGAGACAUCUGCACCCUCCAUGAAGCCCAAUAAACCUCUUUUCUCUGAA